AUGCAAUACGACCUUGAGAAAAAGGACUCCAGGUCCUCACAAAAAGCUCACUCGGUCUCGAGCGACCACGAGGCCGGAAAACACAAUGGCGAUCUCCGUGCCGAGAGACCCUCCCAGGGUAGCAGUUACCAAGCUUUCUUCAAUAUUGUCUGUGUCGUCGCUGGAACUGGAACCCUCGGACUCCCUUACUGCCUUGCCCAAGGUGGAUGGAUUGGUGUAGUUAUCCUAGUCCUCUCCAUGUUCAUGUCGAUCUACACCGGCAUCCUCCUGAUCAAAUGCCUCUACUACAACGGUCACACCCGAGUGGCAUCUUACCAAGAAGUCGGAGCCCAUGCCUUUGGGCGUUGGGGUCAGGGUGCUGUCUGGUUUUUCCACACCUCUGUCAUCAUCGGAGUCCCCGUCAUGUUCUUUAUUCUGUCCGGUUCCGAGAUCAGAGAAUUGACGAAGGCGUCGGCCCCUGGGAUUAGUAAAGAGGUUUGGAUCUGGAUCUGCUGUUGCUUUGUCUCGAUUCCUUUUGUCCUUAUGAAGACUCUCAAGGAGGUUUCUCUCCUCAGUAUGUUUGGUGUGGCGGCAACUGCAGUACUGGUCGGCGUCGCAACUGUAGAGUCGAUCGUCGACUACCCGAACCGCGUCCCCUUCUCCUACGACAUCAUCGUCGUCCGCAACCUCCCCACCGUCGUCGCAACAAUGUCUGUCUGCUUUGGAGGAAACGUCGUCUACAUGCACGUCGAGGAAGCUAUGCGCCACCCAAAGUCCUUCAACAAGGUCCUCGCCUACGCCAUGAUGUUCUGUUGUCUCUUGUAUACCGUCGUCGCCAUCCCUGGGUACCUUACUUAUGGUCCUUCUGCCCAAUCGCCCAUCUUGUCGAGUUUGCCGCAGAAUACGUCGAGGAAGGUGGCGACGAUUAUGAUCAUUGCACAUGUGCUCCUUGCGGCACCGGUGUUGAUGACCUCGUUCGCGCUCGAGAUUGAGCGCAUCGCUCAUGUUACUGUUGAGCACCGGGGCCGAUUCGGGGAGAGGAUCUGGAGGACGCUUAUCCGCUUGGGCAUCAUGGGAGUCGUUGGAGGAAUCGCCUGUUUGGUGCCGUACUUUGAUUCUUUUCUGUCAUUGUUGGGGGCUUUCGGAAACUGUAUGUUGAUCUACGUGAUGCCGAUCGGGUUCUACUGGAAGUUGAUUGGGUGGAGGACGAUGAAGUGGUACGAGUUGUGUUGGUGCGGGAUUGUGCUGGUGAUUGGGUUGUUGGGCUGUGUUAUUGGAUCGAUAGAUGCUAUUAAGGCUUUGCAUCGGGAUUUUACUCAAGGUCGCGAGUAG